UUGGGCAUCGACAGGAAUACGCAAAAUUUAUAGGGGUAAAAAAUGUCGUGAUUGCAUCAUUGCAUUUACAGCAUGGGUUGAUUUUUGGUACUUCGUUGAUAAAUUUUUAGAUUUGUAUUUAGACUAAUGGCUAAUAGGGUUUCUACUAAGCUGUCAAUUUACAAAACACACUGCUGCAUGAGCAGGUCACAUUUGGUCGAAAAAUUCAGAUUAUUUCCUCAUCAAACAAAAGCAAAACAAAAGUAUUUGUUGGAUUUUGAUGCUGCCAACAGAAUUGCAUCAAAACUUAACGUUGCAAAUUCAUUGGUGUAUGAAUGUAAUCCAGGAGCAGGAGUUCUCACUCGGGCAUUGUUAAAUCAUGGUGCUAUGAAAGUUGUUGGUCUGGAACACAAUCGCAAGUUCUUGCCAUUUCUAGAAGAACUGGAAGUUGAAUCAAAUGAUAGGUUUAUGGUUGAGUAUGCUGAUAUUGGCAAACUUGAUGUGGCUGGCCCUGGAAUACCUCCAGCAAUUAGCUCACACAAACUAUUAGAAGGCGUGAAAAAAGUACCCUGGACAAGCAAACAACCAGUUGCAAAGCUUAUUGGUAUUGAGAAAGAAAAAACAGCUCCAGCUAAUUUAAUGAAUCUGCUUCUGCACAUGCUAAGACGUAGUGGAUUGUUUAGCCAUGGUCGGAUUGAAAUUGCAUUACUGUUUACAGAGGAUCGUGCACAAAAACUGCUUGCUCAACCGGGGGAUUUCUUGUAUAACAGACUAGCUAUAUUAGCUGGGAUGCUAUGUGAUGUGAGAUUACUUCAUGUGGAAUCAAAUGUGUUGUUCGAUCCAUUGCCAGCUACUGGUUAUUCCAACACACCUCCUAAGAUACAUUUGAUAAGUUUGUUGCCCAAACAGAAUUUCCAACUUCAAAUUCAUCCACAUUGUAUUCUGAUGAUACCAAAGUUCUUAAAAUUGUUGACAAUGAAAACAAGCCAGCCUUUAGCUCGUGCUAUGGAAAGUAUAUCCCCAGGUUCAAGUGUUCUCUUGGGAAAUCUGGGUUUAUCAAAAAAAAUUAAACCAAUGGAUUUAACUCCAACACAGUAUAAGUUGCUUUUUGAAACGUUUUUCAAUUGGGAUGACAGCAUGUUGGAUUUUUUAAUGGAAUAGUAGAAGUCAUUCACUGGCAUUGCUAAAUUGUUUCACUGAUUAUUAUUUAAAUGUAUACAGUAUAUAUUAUUUUAACUUGUGAUUGUUCAUAUUAUUAUUAAAUAGGAGAUGACUUGUCUCUUGGCCUCAUUGAAAACGUAUACUUUAACAAAUGCCUAGAAUAAAUUGUA